AUGAUUCAUUCUAAUGAUCAUAAUCAUAGAAGGAAAAAGAGAGCAUAAUUUAAACAUUAAGCAGGACCUUUUAUCAUAUUUUUUACUAUAUUAAUGCCAACAAAUUGUGUAAUUUUAGAAUAGUUUGUAUUAAUAUUGAAAAGAUUAGUAUUUCGAUUUGAAAAUGGAUCCUACAACUGAAUUAAUAAAUGGAUUUUUAGUUUUCUUUUUUUAUGGAAUGGCUAUGUGGUCAUAUUACUAAUCGAUUACAAUUAAAAAUUAUACAAUAGAAAAGGCUACUCCAUUAUAAGAUAAUAGAAGAAUUGAUCCUAUAUAUAAAAAUACUAAUUCUUGUCUUGAAUGUAACAAAUGGAAACCAAUACGAACACAUCAUUGUUCACUUUGUGGUAAAUGUAUAUUAAAAAUGGAUCAUCAUUGUCCAUGGAUACAUAAUUGUGUAGGUUUAAGAAAUCAUAGAUCUUUUUAUCUAUUUACAAUGUAUAUGACUGUAUUUAUAAAUAUAUAUAUAUAGAUUGGUGCAAUGUAAUAUAGUUAUGCAUCUUGGGUUUAUUUUAGAUUUUUGUUUCGAAGUAGCCAAGGUUUCUUUUCUCAUCAAUCAACCUUCUUUUAUAUUUAUUGGUGUUUAACAAGUUUAGUGUUAUAUCCAACAUGUGCUAUGUUAUGCUUCUUAUUUUUUUAUCAUACAUCAUUAAUUCUUAAUAAUUAGACAACAUUAGAAUAAAUGAGAAGUGGUUCAAAUGGAACUUGUUGUUUUCAAAAUGACAAACCUCCAAAGAACAUUAAUUUGUUUGAUAGAGGAAAACUAUCUAAUAUAGCUUGGUUUUUUAAUUACUCAUAUUUUUGGUUUCUUCCAUUUGAAAACAUUUAUAAAUAAGAUGGUAAAAUUAAAAUUUAAAAAAAGGAACUUAAUAUCCAAUUGCUCCUUUAUGUACUCUUUAAGAUAUAUAAAUUGAUAAUCCUUAAAUAUAAAUUGGAUAAAUACCAGAUCAACAAUUUGAUUUUGAUAAAAUUGACUAAAAAUAUGAAGAAUACUUAGCUAUUGCCAAAUAGAAAUAUAAAAAUAAAAGACUAGUUCUAAUUGGAAAGGAAAUUUAACUUGAUUGA